AUGAUUCUUGAAGUGGAAAUCCCACUCAAGUUUCCUGGGACCACUGCACUGAGCUACAUCCGUCGCAGAGAGGUGUUGAAGAAGCUCCCAUUUGUCAAGUAUUAUAUGGAUGAGCAUCACCCCGACUGGUACCAAAAAACAAUCCGUCUCACCACGCCACUCGAAAUCGAAUUCAGCAAAGAGGCAACUGACUUCUUGCUCAAAUACAUCACCAUCUACGUCUCUCCAGCUUUUUCUUCAUACCAAAAAGUUGAUACCUCCUACAAACAAGCAACCACCAAAACGCUCGACCAACUCAAAGAGAUCAUCCAAUGCGCGGAGUUCUUCGGAUGCUGCAGUUUCAUGGACUGCAUUGGAUUCGUCAUUGCUCAUAAACUGAACCGCUUGACUGUCGAUGAAGUCAACACUUUCCUCGAUCCACAGGAAGGAGAACGCUAUAGGGAGUGGAGAAGUGCAUUCACCAGACGUCGUACCUAA